AUGAACACACCUGUGAAUUCGGUGGUGCCUAAGAAAAUCAGUUUAUUUCAAAGCCGAAUUACAGCCAUGAAGUUCUUCAUUGCCAGCGCUUGCGUCCUGCUCUUAGCAUCCGGCAUCUCGGCCGAUCCUGUGGCGGCGGCUUCGGCGGCGUCCAGCGACGAGCAGAGCGGCGCAUUUGCCAAAUGCCUGGAAGCCGACUCCAUCUCGUGUCUCCAGCUCACGCUCUUCCGCAAGGCCAAGUCCAUCUUCGACAAUCCCCAAAUCGAACUCUUCGGCGGCGUCUCAUUGGUCAAGGCCAAUGAAGGACGCCAGGGCAAAUCGCUGGACAACUCCAUCGCCGUGGAGGCCGCGCCCAGCGUGGAGGCACGCACCGCCGAGAUGGGCAACUAUUUCAUGGACAACGCGAAGAGCUUCUUUGCCGAACGCUCGCUGAACUUCAACUUUGCCAAUGCCGCCCGCAGCGUCGCCCGCGCCAUUCCCGAUGACAUCAAGGCCGAUCUGCGUGAGCUGGUCGUGGAGUCCCGCACCCGCAAGAAGAAGCUGCUGAAGAAGUUCCUGCCCAUCCUGUUGGGCGUCGGCGCUAAGGUUGCCGUGCUCGCCGUUGGCGCCAUCUUCGGUCUGCUCUUCAUGGCCAAGAAGGCCCUGGUUGUCUCCGUGAUCGCCUUCUUCCUCGCCCUGGCUGCCGGCGCAUCCAGCGGUCUCAGCCGCCUCGGCGGCUCCGGCGGCGGCGGCGGUCUGCUCGGCGGUCUCGGCGGCCUGUUCGGCGGCAAGAGCUCCGGCACGGCUGCGGUCAGCUCCGGUGGUUGGUCGUCGGGUGGCGGUGCCGCCAGCGGCGGCUGGUCCUCGGGCGGCAACUCCGGCUGGGACACGCACGGCGCCUACAGCUCGCCCGUGGCCCAGACCAUUGCCUACCAGGGCUACAAGCAGACCAGGCGGUAA